GUAAAGGUCGACGACGAGAUAAAAAGAAGGAGAAAAUAUCUUUCUUUUUUUGUUCAAAUCAAACAAAAAAACAAAAGCGUAGGAAGUUGCCGAGAGAGACGAGAAGAUGCAUUGGGUUAACGCGCUCUUAUCGGCGAGGAUGUUAUCCUCCGUCGGAAAAUCUAACGGCUUAGGAAACGAGACGAUCCCUUUCGGAUCGUUAUGGUGGAGCAUCUACGCCGGAGUCUCUUGUUUCCUCGUCCUCUUCGCCGGAAUCAUGUCCGGUCUCACUUUAGGUCUCAUGUCUCUCGGUAUCGUCGAUCUCGAAAUCCUCCAACGCAGUGGCUCUCCAAGGGAGAAGAAACAAGCCGCUGCGAUUUUUCCGGUUGUCCAGAAACAGCAUCAGCUUUUAGUCACAUUGCUCCUCUUCAAUGCUCUUGCAAUGGAGGGACUUCCUAUUUACUUGGAUAAGAUAUUCAACGAGUAUGUUGCAAUCAUCCUCUCGGUUACUUUCGUUCUCUUUGUUGGAGAGGUUAUUCCUCAAGCUAUAUGCUCUAGGUAUGGAUUAGCAGUGGGAGCGAAUUUGGUCUGGCUUGUCCGCAUCUUGAUGACUCUCUCGUACCCGAUAUCUUUUCCCGUUGCAAAGAUGUUGGAUUGCGUGUUGGGACACGGUGACCCUUUGUUUAGGCGAGCUCAGUUAAAAGCUCUUGUGUCCAUUCACGGCGAAGCGGCUGGUAAAGGAGGUGAGCUUACGCAUGAUGAGACCACAAUCAUAAGUGGAGCACUUGAUUUGACUGAGAAGACUGCUCGAGAAGCCAUGACACCGAUCGAAUCGAUCUUUUCCUUGGAUGUAAACUCAAAGUUGGACUGGGAAGCUAUGGAUAAGAUUCAAACACGAGGCCACAGCCGCGUUCCUGUCUACUACGAGAAUCCCAAAAAUGUUAUCGGACUUCUCUUGGUGAAGAGUCUCCUUACAGUUCGUCCUGAAACAGAUACCCUUGUCAGCGCAGUUGGUAUACGCCGCAUGCCAAGGGUUCCGGGUGAUAUGCCUUUGUAUGAUAUACUGAAUGAGUUUCAAAAAGGGAGCAGUCACAUGGCUGCAGUUGUGAACGUUAAGGGGAAAAGCAAGGGACCUCUUUCGACUUUGCUUGAAGAAAACACUUUCGAAAGCAAUGCCCCAAGUAAUGACUCUGAGUUGAAGGCACCUCUCUUGCUAAAGCGGGAAGGAAAGCAAGAAGAUGUCAUUGUCGAUAUCGACAAGAUUAGUCGGCAAUCUUCGUUACCAAACAACGAGACCGGUAGGAACGGGUUCUCAGAUACGUCAGAGGAGAUUGAGGAUGGAGAAGUGAUUGGUAUCAUCACAUUGGAAGAUGUGUUUGAAGAGCUUUUGCAGGAGGAGAUUGUGGAUGAAACAGAUGAGUAUGUAGACGUGCAUAAAAGGAUUCGUGUGGCGACUGUAGCAGCAGUGGCCAUCUCAUCAUUAGCUAGAGCUCCUUCUGGCCGGAGGUUACUUGGCCAAAAGGGAAGUGGAGGACCAAAAACGCCAAAGGUGUCCUCUGCUCCCAAAACAGGAUAAACCAAUCGGAACGAUGAUUUUUUCAGGUGUUCAGUUUUUUUUGGCUUGAGAUGUGAGUAAUAAACAAGGUUUUUAAAAACUUAGAUCAAUUCUUGAGCAUAUACAUGUAGGUAUAAGAUAUGAUCUACAUAUACAUUAAAACUUGUUUUACUCGGAAUCUAUUCAUUUGUAUAUUCUUUUUUCG